AAUGUUUUGUCUUUAGGAUGGUCGAUCACGUGCUAUCGUUGUGGUGGAGCUGCACCAAGCUGUGAGGGGUCUGGUAACGCGACAGUAAAAUGUGAUGAUUCAUCCAUGCCUGGUUCUGUGUUCGCUAAUCAAGUGUACACAGUCAAUUACACUUCAUAUGACACGAUCAAAGUGUUUAAAAGUAAGAAACUUCAAAGUGAGAGACGUGUUAGGAGGGUUUCAAUUGGGUGAUGGCUUUUUCGGCUAACGGUCAAAAUUUUGGCCAGUUUACGGCUUGCGGUUAAUAUCUUUCCAUUGUUUUCACCAGAAACUUUUUUUUACAGUGAACUUUUUUCACGACUAACGGUUAAAAUUUGUCAGUUUUUACGCCUAAUGGCUAAAUUCUUUGGCCGUCUUACAGCUAACGGUUAACCCCAUUGAGGCGCUUUGUUGAGGAUAGAAAUGAUGUCUAAAACGAGAGGCGAUGAGGUGACGUGUGAAUACAGUUUCGGGAAGUGAUUUGAGAUGCAAUUAACAUAACAUUAUGAGAGCUGAGAUGUGCGAUGUGAUGAAAUAAAAAAUCAAGACAAGAUGGAAUAAGAUAGCGCGUCGAGACACUUGAAACAGACACCACAUAAAAUCACACGAUAAACGUAUAACAGGUCAUGAUUUUGCGUAACAGAUAUGACAGGCUGGGAUGACUUGAAUGAAAAUAACUUGGAAAAAAAUGACACAACAAAUGGGGUGAUAAAAAUGAAAUGACCUCGCGAGACCGAUAUGACAUCGCCUUACGUAAAAUUGCAUCGCGUGACGUGACAAAAAUAAGAUCAAAUGUUACAGAUGUGGGGUGAUACAACACGACAUAGCAUGACACGUCAGGACCGACCUGACAUUACAUGAGGAGAUGACAUAACAUUAAACUCGAUGCCAUGGAAUUAGAGAGCAUUGCAUCACGAGGAGGUUCCAUCACAUUCGAUGCUAUGAUAUGAGGUGAAAUAAAAUAAGAGUUUGAAUAAAGACAUUUAUUUCGUUUACCCAAUUAGCAUUUAUUUCUCAACUUCUUUUAAAGUCUUAUGAACUACUUAGGCUCAUGAUAAUAAUAGGGAUUUGAUUUUCCUUUCGAUGACAGGUUGCUGCUUGUACGAGGACUGCAACAAAGAUCCUUGUAAGGAGUUUGGGGAAAAAACAGUCUGCUCUAAGAUGGCCAGUUGUCAAGAAGACAAAUGCAACUUCGACUACGACUCUGCCAAGGCUUCCCAGCCUCCAACGCUUCCCUCCGAGGCUAAUAGCGUUGCUUCACAGCUUCCAACGCUCCCCUCUGAGGCUAACAGCGUUGCUAUGGGAAACGUCCUGAGAGCGACCCUUGUAUUAGCGAUUAGUUUUUCAUUGUUCAUUUAAGUAUUCAAAACUUUUCUUUGGCAGGUAUCACUUAGAGAUAAGCUUGCAGCGUUUGAUUUAUUGCACGUUGUUUUAAAAAACUGCAUGAAGUAUGCACAAACUUUAAUUAGUUGAAUCUUUUGAGAACUUAUUGUAAAGCCAAAGAGAUUAUUGAAAGUGCAUUCAUAUAUUUGCACUGCGGUGGAGAGAUGAACUUAAGAGAUCCUCGCAGCUAAGAACACUACUGAAACGAGUAGUUGUAAAUAGGACCUGAAAAAAAUUCAGGCCCGUAAGGCCUGACCUCUGCUAUACCGGUGCAGCGCUCUACCAAUUGAGCUGACAAGCCAACUGGGAGCUGGUCAUUGAAUUGGAUGUUUAUUUGGACCCAAUUCAUUUACCAGCUCCCAAUUGGCUUGUUAGCUCAAUUGGUAGAGCGCUGCACCGGUAUCGCAGAGGUCAUGGGUUCAAAUCCCGUACGGGUCUGAAUUUUUUUCAGGUCCUAUUUAAAACUACUCGUUUCAGUAGUGUUCUUAGCUGCGAGGAUCUCUUAAUUUCAGAUUGAAAGUGAUUAAAAUUACAUGUCAAGUGAUAUUUUAUAUAGGGAGUCCUUCUGAGUUUUCAUUGUCACCACUAGCAAUCAAAAAAGGCCAUUAUAACAAGGCAACCAUCAAUAAAAAAACAGUAAGAAAGAAGACUACUAGAAAGUACGGAUUAAAAUUAUCUUAAAUUUCUUACAAGUCCAUAUCCCCAUGUGGCGACGGUUUGCACCCAAAAAUGGUGAGAGGAUUCCUCAAAAGGUUUCGAACAAUCGAUAAUUUGUACCUUGCUGGCUAAUUUACAUAUUCUUGGAGCGGAAAAGAACAGUUGGCAGCCCUGCUUUUCUUUUCCGCCAGUCCUCCGCCCUUAUUUAUUUCACUAUUCAUUCAUUCUUCCUCUGAAGUCUUUUUUCACUUAUUCCCUUCCUUGAAGGUUUAUCAUCAUCAUCAUCAUCAUCAUAAGAUCGAGCUUGCUCGAUAUUCCAUGACACGCUCCUUCCACCUUUCUCUGUCUUCCAUUGCAAUUGGUAGUUCUUCAAGUCUGCAUCCUGAAGGUUUAUUCAAUGGUAUAUUUAUCAAUUUAAUUAUUUUUUAUUGCAUUCCAUGGGGCUUUCUCAGUUAUUGAGCUUGUACUGGUUUCGUGUCUUGCUUUCUUGGGUUUUCCCCUGUUGCUGUUCACUGUUGUUUCUAUCAGCAUUUGGCUCUAACACAACACCACACUGGCGUUACAUAAAAUAAUUGUUUAUUCAUUGCUGUAUGUUUAGCACGUUUAUAUUUGGUAUGUCUGACUUAAUUCACUGAUGGAUCUAAACCAUAAGUACCGGAAUAGGUAAUUCUACAGUCUUGAAUCAUUGUCCUACACCCAAUUAGCCAAUGAAGAUUAAGAAUCUGUAGAUUGUAGCCGUAGAUUGUCCUCUUCCAUGGCCUCCAGCGAUCCUCAAGACUUGAUCCUCCGUCUUACAUGUCUGAAGCCUCAGCCGGACGAGCAUCAGCUGCUAGACCAGAUGCGUCACUCUCAAGAUUGAGGCCUUCGUCGGCACCAACACUUGUAUCUUGAAAACUGGAGCUCUCAUCCGCCGUGAUACCAGAAGCGUCUUCAAGGAAAUACACGUUCAGUUCACUUUCCUCUAAUUUCUUUGGGAAAGCUACUGCAACACUGCAUACGAUGGCUAUAAAAAAAUAGAUGUACAGAUGUUUCUGUUUCUUGAUGCAGUAAAACAAAAUUAAAACACUUAAGGAGAUUAGCGGCUUGGGGCUAAAGGAAAACAUUGAUUAUUAUUACGAACUGCUAGCAAUCAUCAAAAUUGAUGCCAAGUCAUUCUGGUGGGACAGAAAAUUGAUCUAUGAGCUCAUGCAUCGGGUGAGCUUCAGCGUUUCUGUGAGGAUUUUUUUCUCUAUUGUGAACAGCAUGACCAACAAAUAAAACAUUUUCUUCAUUACAUUGAGUAAAGGAAAACUUAUAAGGUUCGGUCAAAGCAUUCUGAAUAGACUAAGUCGACAAGAGCUUCUUAUUCUUGAGUUCUUCUCACAAUAUAUGGUUGCGUUUCUUCCACAAUACAUUAUUUCCCAAUAGACGGUAAUUUACCGCAUCCUAUCCGCAUCUAACCGUCCCGUAGUGAUUUGAUUUGGUGCUUUCCUAGCAAUAAGCGCCCCAUCUCUAAUAAACACUCCUCUCUAAUUUCGUUUCGUUAAUAAGCGCGCCUAUUCUGUUUUAGUAAUCUUGUGAUAGCACUGUUACAGUACAUGUACACUGAGAUCAACCUUGGUUUAUCUCGCUUUAGUUGUUCACUUAAAGUCUCAUUACAAAAACAAGUCUCUCAACCAUCACUUCGUUGUCAAAGCCGCAGUUCCUUCAAACGAAUGAUCUCGUCUUAAAAUUUUGCGACGAUUGCUUGGCUGGUCGUUCUAGCCAGGAAGGAUCUAGGGACAACAAGGUCAUUUUCCAAUCUUCUUGAUCCUUUUCAAAUAAAUAUCAACGCUCUAUUUUGCACUUAAUUUUGUCCCUCAAAAAAAGGAAGAAGCGCCCGUGAGCUGUAAAAUGGACAAAAUUUUAACCUAUGGCCGUAAAAGCCAUCACCCCAUUGAGAGCUCCCUAUUAUAAACACUUAUGGCACUAUUUUAGGUGAGGCAUCAUCCCCACUGACAGCUAUGUUUCUAGAGUUAAAAGAUACGAAGAGAAAAAUUAACAGUAAAACAAAAACUUGGAAAAAAAAAUAUCUGUCCUAAAAGAAAUUAUUGUCGGGUAGAUGACAAAAUUGCAACUUUGAGGCAAGAUCAACAUGAAGUUGAUUUUUACAUGAUGAUGAUGAUGAUGACAUGAAUUUUUCCACCUACCCCUCCUCAUCUUGUUUUAAACAUUACCCAAUAAAAAUUAUUCCAUUUUUAAAAUUAAAACUAACUUACAGCUAACGGUUAAUUUCUUUCCAUAUUUUGAUCAUGCAAAUGAAUAAACUUUUCCGGUUAACUUCUUUUACGCGGACUAACACUUAAAAUUUGUCAGCUUUUACGCCUCGCUGCUAAAUUUUUUUUCUGUCGUUUUACGUCUAACGAUAAACGCCAUUGAGAUCCUUUAAGAAGGCAUUAAAAUUGUUAUUUUUUCAAUCAGACAGACAGUGCUUCGAAGCUGCGUGCCAGUUAUUCAAUUCCCUUAAAAUCCCACCACAAAAACGAGCAAUAUAUAUACAAUUUCUUAUUUACGAGAUAGUUCCAACAAAGCGGUAUUGUCUAAAAUUUAGCCAAAAGACCAAGUGGAAAGAAACAUCUUCUGAGAUGCAAACAAAAUAUGUCCGCAACUUAAGCGGGUCAAUCGUUCGAGUCAAGGAUCUUCAAAAGCGGUUGAAUGAAAAUGAAAUAUCAUAAAUUUGACUGAUACGAGUUUAAGGUACGAAUUUAUCUUCGGGGACAAACUGUAUCUAAACUAUGUCUAAUAUGGAGAAUUUCAUUUUUGUCAUGUCUUCAACCAAUGCUUCCCAGAUACCGGUCGGGGUGCUUCUACCAUCUGUCUAUGCCACUAUAUAUUACAGGUGAGACAAAUUUUCAGUUCUUUUUUAAGGGGUAUCACACACAAUAUUUCACACAUGAUGAAAUACAUUUUCUCAAGAGAACUGCUAAUAACCUUUUGCGAGAAUGAGUGAAUGGGUAGGCAGCCAAACGUACAACAGCAAAUGAAUGCUGUAACUACCUAACUACACAUCUUGAGUCCAUAACUUUUCUUUUCGGAAAUGACCGAGAAUGAGAAUUCAGAUUUAAGUAACAAAGCAGAUACUGUAAUCGGCGUUUUAUUUUGUAGCGGCAUAGGUGAAACUUAGCGGAGCCUCCUAGAACGUUCAGCUCGGUUGGGUUUUGAAUUUCAUUCAAAUAAUUUUUUCUUCUUUAAGUCAUGCGACAAGAGAGGAAAACCUUAUUUGGAUCUGAAGCAGUAAAAUUUCUUGCGUCCUCUGUUAUAGGUUUGCAGCCGGUCAAACACGAAAACGAGAACCACUGAAACUAAAACUAAACAGAGUGACGACCUGGUAAUUCGCUUUGUUUUACAACAAUUAUUUAUUUCCAGUUGUAUCAUGAAAGACGAUGCUCGGAGAAAACGUAUAUCAUAAGACCGGAAUUCGUUGAAAAGGUGGGUUUACUCUUCGCAUAUGAAGCGAUAACAAUCUCAGUCAAUUUUACCCUCUAAACCGGCUGGCAAACUUUUUCAGAGUUUCUAUUAACAGCAUGGGUUGUAGCUUCAGUCUUUGUGCAAGGUACGUAUCUCAGAUGCCAUUGUCUUUGAUUUUCUUCUGUUGCGCUAAGUACUUUAAUACGAAACAAAAACGUGACUUUCCGGGAUAGCUCUCAUGGACAAACGUUUCGGAUGAACUCAUUUAAGGUCGUGCAUGCAUUUCUUUGUGGCGAACAUCUACGAGAAAGUUGCUUUUCUUCUUAGAGUUCAUUUUGCUCGUUAAAAGGACGACUUAUAUUUCUACGCAUGUAUGCGUAGUUGGUAUGUUAAGGGUUAACACAGCUUAGCAAACAAAGCGACCUUAAACCUAGCAAAUAUUAUUUACAUAAUAUGUAAUUCUCAAAUAGAAACGGAUCCAAAAUACUUUGCUUGGAUUAAAGCCAAACCAAACAUUAAGUUUUUCGAGACGCACCGGAAAACCAUCUCAGAUCAAAAUGAAACUGCUAUUAAUAGCAUCGGUUGUUGCUUCAGUCUUUGGGCAAGGUAUGUAUCUCUUCUUCCUAGAUGUCGACGAAAAUCAAUCGGAACGUUGUAGACAAUUGUUAUGGCGCGAAGAACACGAUGGUGUCUUUCUUACCUAAACAUAGUAGACGUGGACAUAAUUGCCGCCAUUUUAAGCUUUUGGGUGCCUGUAUCGGUGGAAAACUAAUGAAUGACAGACCUCGUCAUUUAGCGCUGAUGACCUCUUGGGUUUCGCGCUCUUUAGCGUUUGCUACGUUCGCAAGUAGUACAAUGAUAAUAAGAAUCUCUCAUGCAGUAAAAGCCGUUCAGAUAACGUAGAUUGCAGUGUCUUUGAAAGAAGGUUAGUUGUACCAAUUCUUAGCUUGUAUCGCUAUUUUACCAGGGAUUGACUUCAAAAUAUGACCUAUUUAUUUUUCUCCGAAAAAAGGCGUCUGUUUGCAAAAAUUGCUUUGUUCUAAAAUCAGCCUUGUACGUUACGUAAUUUUUCAGUGAUAAGAAAGCCUAAGAAAUUCAAGAAUUAAGAUUUAAAACUUUCUGCUCAUUAUGAAGCUACAGAAUGCAUUAUUGCAGUUUUUGCUCUCAAGCUUUUUGUCUGUGAGCCUUUGUUAAAAACUCCAGCUAAUUAGACAUGACUUCAUGUAGGAAAUAUUAGUUAGCCAAGAGAGGUUCAUUAGCUAUUCUAUUUUCUUGAGCAGAUGCCAUUGUUUUUUGCGCCACGUAAUUUAACACUAAGCUGGAACGUGACUUUCCGGGAUAGCUCUCAAGGACAAGCGUUUCGGAUGGACUCAUUUCAGGUCGUGCGUGCAUUUCUUUAUGGCGAACAUCUACGACAAAGUUGCUUUUCUUCUCAGAAUUCAUUUUCCUCUUAAACUUAUUUAUCCCAAAGGAGAAAAAUGAAUAGUAGGGCGUUUAAAUUAAUCCGGUGGAAUGCGGGUGUAAAGGUGGUAAAUUGAUAAGAAAGGAGGCUCCAAUCACACACCCCCCCCCCCCCCAAGAGGUUUCAAAAUUCGAAAUCACAUUCUACCACUAAGCGAUGGGGAACUCGUCAGUGGAAUGGAUCACGUGUCGAGAUCGUGAUCGUAAUCACGUCCUUAUCAUAAGUGCUACCGUACGAGCGCCUGUUCUUCCCUCGCGGGAACGUCAGAGGCCUUAAUCCUUUAACUCCCAAGAUCCGAUUGCACUUCUAGCUUCAACUCAUUCCCUUGAGAAUUAGAAUUUAGUUAUAGAUCAAGAUAGCAACUUCUAUCUGUCUAAGUUUGAGUAUUCUCAUUACCUGCUUGCUCGCUAAUGUAUGGAUAUUUUAAGGAGAAGUUACAUGUUAAUCACUUCUGGGAGUUAAAGGGUUAAAAAAACGUGAACCGGCGAGAAAUCUGCUAGGGAUCUACCGCUGAUUAAUAGUGCCAGACCCCCGGCAAACUUCUAUCGUACUCGUCUCAAAACUCCCCGAGGGCGGAGAAACGCGUGUCCUGCAGCACUCGUAAUGAAGGGUGCCAUAAUCCUAAUCAGUCCUAGUUCAAUACCGAUUUUCAUUCUUAAAUGUUUUGUCUUUAGGAUGGUCGAUCACGUGCUAUCGUUGUGGUGGAGCUGCACCAAGUUGUGAGGGGUCUGGUAACGCGACAGUAAAAUGUGAUGAUUCAUCCAUGCCUGGUUCUGUGUUCGCUUGUCAAGUGUACACAGUCAAUUACACUUCAUAUGGCACGAUCAAAGUGUUUAAAAGUAAGAAACUUCAAAGUGAGAGACGUGUUAGGAGGGUUUCAAUUGGGUGCUGGCUUUUUCGGCUAACGGUCAAAAUUUUGGCCAAUUUACUGCUUGCGGUUAAUAUCUUUCCAUUGUUUUCACCAGAAACUUUUUUUACAGUGAACUUUUUUCACGACUAACGGUUAAAAUAUGUCAGUUUUUACACUUAAUGGCUAAAUUCUUUGGCUGUUUUACAGCUAACAGUUGACCCCAUUGAGGCCCUUUGUUGAGGAUAGAAAUGAUGUCUAAAACGAGAGGGGAUGAGGUGAAUACAGUUUCGGGAAGUGAUUUGAGAUGCAAUUAACAUAACAUUAUGAGAGCUGAGAUGUACGAUGUGAUGAAAUGAAAAAUCAAGACAAGAUGGAAUAAGAUAGCGCGUCGAGACAUUUAGAACAGACACCACAUAAAAUCACACGAUAAACGUAUGAUAACAGGUCAUGAUUUUGCGUAACAGAUAUGACAGCAUGGGAUGACAUGCAUGAAAAUAACUUGGAAAAAAAAUGACAUAACAAAGGUGGUGAUGAAAAUGAAAUGACCUCGCGAGACCGAUAUGACAUCGCCUUACGUAAAAUUGCAUCGCGUGACGUGACAAAAAUAAGAUCAAAUGUUACAGAUGUGGGGUGAUACAACAUGACAUAGCAUGACACGUCAGGACCGACCUGACAUUACAUGAGGAGAUGACAUAACAUUAAACUCGAUGCCAUGGAAUUAGAGAGCAUUGCAUCACGAGGAGGUUCCAUCACAUUCGGUGCGAUGAUAUGAGGUGAAAUAAAAUAAAAGAGUUUGAAUAAGACACAUUUAUUUCGUUUACCCAAUUAGCAUUUCUCAACUUCUUAUGAACUACUUAGGCUCGUGAUAAUAAUAAGGAUUUGAUUUUCCUUUCGAUGACAGGCUGCUGCUUGUACGAGGACUGCAACAAAGAUCCUUGUAAGGACUUUGGGAAAGAAACAGUCUGCUUUAAGAUGGCCAGUUGUCAAGAAGAUAAAUGCAACUUCGACUACGACUUUGCCAAGGCUUCCCAGCCUCCAACGCUUCCCUCCGAGGCUAAUAGCGUUACUACGGGAAAAGUCCUGGGAGCGACCUUUGUAUUGGCAGUUAGCUUUUCAUUAUUCAUUUAA